AUGGAGUUUGGACUAGACAAAUGUGCCAAAGCCACCUUCAAGAGAGGAAGGCUGACUAAGACCACCAACAUUGACCUAGACACCAGCACUACUAUCAAGGAAAUAGAUCAAGAGGGCACAUACAAGUACCUAGGAGUGAAUGAAGGUGAUGGCAUCCAACACUCUGCCAUGAAGGAGAAGAUUCGAAAAGAGUAUCUCAGAAGAGUGAGAAUGGUACUGAAGAGCGAACUCAAUGCAGCAAACCGAUUCGAAGCUAUCAACACCCUAGCCAUACCUGUAGUGACAUACAGCUUUAACAUCAUAAAUUGGAAAAUGAGUGACAUAAAAAAACUGGACACUAAGACCAGGAAGAUACUUACCAUGGAAAGGAUGCACCACCCGAAAGCAGAUGUCAACAGGCUGUACCUACCAAGAGCAGAAGGAGGAAGAGGCUUGAUUCAACUCGAACUGACCUUUAAAACUACCACCAUAGGCCUAGACACCUACCUGAGGUCAACAAAAGACCCUCUCCUCCAACUAGUGAAACACCAUGAAGAAGGAAAAAAGCUCUACUCGAUCAAGAAGGAAGCCUCAAAAUUCACCCAGGAGCUGAAUAUCCCAGAGACACCACCAAUGGAGAACGAAACAAUAACAAAGUAUGCCCGCAGAGUUAAACAGAAGGCUAAACACCAUGGCCAGCUACAAAUGCGGAAAACAUGGGAAGAAAAGCCAAUGCAUGGGAAGUACCCAAAAAGGACCAAAGAUGCAGAUGUAGAUGAAGUAAAAACCAACAAAUGGCUGAAAUCAAUAGGACUAAAAGCAGAAACAGAAGGCCUGAUUAUCGCUGCACAAGAUCAGAGUCUGGCCACAAGAUCCUACCACCAUCGCAUUAUGAAAGAUGGAACUGACCCACAAUGCAGGAUUUGUGGUAAAUACGAAGAAACAAUCGAUCAUAUCAUAUCAGGAUGCCCAGAACUGGCUAAGACAGAGUACAUCCACCGACAUGACAAAGCAGCAUCCUACUUGCACUGGGAGAUCUGCAAGGAGUACAAGAUCAAGACAACAGAAAAGUGGUACGAACACCAACCAAAAACCAUCACUGAGAAUGACGAGGUAACUAUCCUAUGGGGUAUGCCCAUCCAAACUGACAGAGAGAUCAAAGCGAACAGACCAGACAUCAUCAUUAAAUACAAGACAAGGAAAGAGUGCAUCCUUAUAGACAUGGCCAUACCAUCUGAACACAACACCUCUGUCAAGGUUACGGAAAAGUUAUCAAAGUACAAGGACCUUGAGAUUGAAAUAAAUAGGAUGUGGGGAACAAAGACCACAACAAUACCAGUAGUCAUUGGAGCUUUGGGACUUGUGAAGAAAGGACUGGAGAAAUACACCGACAAAAUCCCAGGAAACAUCAACAUACAAGAAGUCCAGAAGAUAGCCCUCCUAGGAACAGCACAUAUAAUACGGAGGGUGCUAUCAAUCAAAUAG